AUGGAACUCAACCGAGAACAUUUUCGCGCCAUAAUUUAUUACAACUUUCAGAGACAAUUAUCGCAACAAGAAUGCCUUGCUGAGUUACUGUCUGUUUUCGGCAACGAAGCGCCACAUCAGUCGACAAUUUCCCGUUGUCUUGGCGACGAUCCCAGGGUGAGUGCACCAACAACGGCAGUCACCCAGAAAAACGUCGAUGCUGUGCGCAAACUCAUUAUUGAAGAUAGACAUGUGACAUAUCGCGAGAUUGAGGCGUCCUUGAAGAUCUCAAAGUCCUCAAUUCAAAAAAUUUUACAUGAAGAAUUAGGAGUAAGAAAAUUAGUUUCUCGUUGGAUACCCCACCUGUUGACUGAAGAGCAGAAAGCAGCCUGGGUUAAUUGGUGUCGAAAAACGCUUGGCCGUUUCAAUUCCGGAAACUCGAAAAAUGUGUACAGCAUUGUUAGAGGUGACGAAUCACAGUCGGCUAUUUGGGUGUUCCAAGGUGAAGAAAAGCCAACAAAAGUCAUCCGUUCUCGAAGUGUUUCGAAAAAGAUGGUCGCGACAUUUGUGUCAGAAGCGGGUCAUAUUGCAACAAUUCCUCUUAAUGAGCAAAGAACUGUUACUGCGGAUUGGUAUACCACCAUUUGUUUGCCAAAAGUUAUCACUGAGCUUCGAAAAAUCAACCCCGAAAGAAGAAUCAUCCUCCACCAAGACAAUGCAAGCUCGCACACAGCCCAAAAAACAAGGCAGUAUUUAACGGAAGAAAAUCCCGAUCUAAGUUCUAACGAUUUCUUUACUUUCCCGGAAAUUAAAAACAGACUGCGUGGUCAAAGGUUCCAGUCACCAGGAGAAGCAUGGAAUAAGUGCUUCGAAAAUUGGUUCGACCGCAUAAUCCGUUGGACAUGGUGCAGACAAUGGUCACUCUGGGAUCAGGAAUGGAACAGUAUUGUCUUUAGUGACGAGUCUCGAUUUUGUUUAGGCAUGCACGAUGGUCGUGCCAGGGUUAGAAGGCGACGUGGUGAAAGAAGGAAUCCACAGUUUUUUGUUGAAAGACAUGUUCAUCACACUGUUGGAGUUAUGGUUUGGGGUGCUAUAGCUUAUGGUUUCAGGUCACCUUUAAUCUUCAUCAGAGGUAACAUGAACGCGCAGCGUUAUAUCCACGAAAGUGACUUCUUUCAACAAAAUGAUGUCACAUUGUUACCAUGGCCACCAAGAUCUCCCGACUUAUCCCCAAUUGAGCACGUGUGGGAUAUGAUGGGUAGGAGAUUGCUCAAUUUGCAACGUCCUCCUCAGACUCUAGAAGCACUUCGAGAGGAGUUGGUGGUUGCCUGGAAUGAGUUACCACAGGAGGACAUUGACCACCUGAUCAGAAGCAUGCCUAGGCGCGUUGGAGAAUGCGUAGCACAUCAGGGUGCAUCCACACAUUAUUAA